ACGCCCCCAAGCGGCAAAACGACCACAAGGACGAAGAUGGACACUUCGAUGGACCAGCAGGACCAGCAACACCAUCACGACGAGGAAGACCAUGAGAUUGAGGAUCAUAAUGAGCAUGGAGGGCCUGACAACGGUUCCCCCGGCGCUGCCGACGGUCCCGCGGCACCGAACGUUAUGGACGCGCAACAACUUCAGGACGCCUUCGACAGUGUGCAUCGUCGCUUGGACGCAUUGGAAGAAACGGUGGAGAGCAUCCCGGAGCGCAUUUGGAGCGCGCUGGAUGGUCGCGUCGGGGUCACACCUUCUGGCAUCGGCGUCACGAACGUGAUCAACUUGGCCAUCAAGGCGUUGACGGAUGCGAUUUUGAUCUCCGCCGCGCCCGACCGGUUCCAGAAAAACCGCAAAGGCGCAGUCGGCAAUGCAGGUAUGCGUGGAGCGACCAACGAUCUCAAAUUUGACGGCCGAAACAACGGGAAGAAGCUCAAGGCGGAGCGCCUGAAGCGAGGCGACCACCACGACAGCAGUCCGUCGACGUUGUUGCUGUUGUCGAACGCGGGCAACCGGCAGCAAGUGUCGAGUCCAAUUACGAUCCCCAACACGCGGCGACACCCGAAGGUGGAAGUGCCUGCGGGGAUGCCCCGCUUCGCGUGGUCGGACGGGUCCAAGCAGUUUGCGCCGCAGGGGUGGUUGCUGCCCACGACGUCGUCCCGAGCGAUGUGGGAGCUCUGGUUUGGUGGCGACGACAACGUGGGUCCGUUCCAGCAUCUGACAGCAAAGGACUUGGAAGACGCGACGUCCAAGGUCAACUUGAGCUGCGCGCGGGGGGUCAUGGUAACGUUGAUUCAAAUCGCGCUCGACCAAAACCUAGUGCCAUCGGUCGAGUUUAUCUCGACCAUGACGCCCGCGGACCGCGCCAACCUGUUUGACCAGGUGUUUCCCCGGCUGAUUCAAAACGAACCGGCGGAUGUUGUGGAGAAAGCACCGUCGUAUACGUACACGAACGCGUACAAGCGGCUGAUCAAGGGCAAGCGCAAGGCACAACGAUCGGUCGGGUUUGACUCAUCUGGCCACAAGCUGCCCAACCUGCCGGUGGUCCACCACAAUGCGAUGCACGGGCCAGACUGGGAGUUCCCCGCGACUAACUGCAAGACCAUGUGGUUCUUUUGGUUCAAGGGCGACGAUUCCAACGGUAUCGGGCCGUUCCGCCACUUCCGACCCCGAGAUAUUGACAAGGAGGUGACGGAUGGCCCCGCGCGCCGCCAGUUUUCCCGCGCCCGCGGCGUCAUGGAGAAGCUCGUGGACAUCGCCAUCUCGCACGGGUUUGCCGUGUCAGUGGACGAGCUCGACCACAUGUCCCCCGUCGAGUUGGAAACCGUGUUUGACCAAGCAUUCGACGUGCUCAUGCACGACAGCCCCGACGGGAGUCUGGUGGGGGACGCCCCUGGCCAGCUCCGCCCUGAAAAGAUGGCCGGGUACUCGUACGGCACGGUCUAUAGCGCCAUGUCCCAGCGCAAACGGAAACGAGCCGACGAUGAAACCGGCGGCCAGUACGAGCUGUAAGAAAGUACAAGAAGAGGAUAACUAACUGGAUGGAUCGAUACACCCUAAAGUUGUCGUGACGAGGUUAACGUACAAAGUACUAGGGAUUUUGGAUGUACGUACACAAAGUACCCUCCUG